AAAUAUCCCGACGACGUGAUGUACAAUACAGAAUAAAAUAUGAUUUCACUUGAGAAGAAAACUUAAGCCAAAGAAGAAGAAAGAUAAACAAAUAGUUUAUUUCCAUUGACUCUGUUUUGAGGGAAAAUCGUGGAACGAGGGAGACAUGCAGCAGGCAAAUCAUAAAUAUCACUCACCGCCUUCUUGACCCUUUCAUCCCCCUCCUCACAAAUUUUUGCAGUUUCUUUUUACAUUUCUCUCUCUCUGUCUCUGUCUCUGUCUCUGUCUCUCCGUCGAAGAAGCCAUGGGAGACGCAGAGAAGAGCACCACCAAGGAUAGCUUGCUUCUUCCUCCUCCUGUAGAGAGAGUUGAGAACCUGUCAUGGAGAGAUCUACGAGAUGGAUCAUUCACCGUUGAACUCAAGAGGCUUAUCUGUUUCGCCGCUCCUAUGGCCGCUUGUGUUAUCGUUCAGUUCAUGUUACAGAUGGUUUCUAUGAUGAUGGUUGGUCACUUAGGCAACCUCGCCCUCGCUAGCGCCUCCCUCGCUUCCUCCUUCUGCAACGUCACUGGCUUCAGCUUCGUUAUAGGAUUGUCAUGUGCCUUGGAUACUUUGAGCGGUCAAGCUUUUGGAGCUAAGCUAUAUCGGAAACUAGGUGUUCAGACUUACACAGCCAUGUUUUGUCUUGCUUUGGUGUGUAUCCCUCUUUCUCUCGUUUGGCUCAACAUGGAAAAGCUUCUUGUGUUCCUGGGACAAGACCCUGCUAUCGCACACGAAGCCGGGAGAUAUGCUGCCUGGCUUAUCCCUGGACUCUUUGCUUACUCUGUUCUACAGCCUCUCACUCGCUUCUUUCAAAACCAGAGUUUGAUCUCACCUCUCCUCAUCACCUCUUGUGUUGUCUUCUGUAUCCAUGUUCCUUUCUGCUGGCUUUUGGUUUACAAGUCUGGCCUUGGUAAUCUUGGAGGAGCCUUGGCUAUCAGUUUGUCAAACUGGCUCUAUGUCUUUAUCCUUCUUUCUUUCAUGUUCUUCUCCUCCGCUUGUUCUGAGACACGUGCUCCCCUCUCCAUGGAGAUAUUCGACGGCAUUGGAGAGUUUUUCAAAUAUGCUCUUCCUUCUGCGGCUAUGAUUUGCCUAGAGUGGUGGUCAUAUGAACUCAUCAUAUUAUUCUCUGGUCUCUUACCCAACCCACAACUGGAGACUUCUGUGCUCUCUGUCUGUCUCCAAACAGUUUCGACAAUGUAUUCAAUACCACUAGCGAUCGCGGCUGCUGCAAGUACAAGAAUCUCAAAUGAGUUAGGUGCUGGAAACUCUCGAGGAGCACAGAUCGUUGUCUAUGCGGCAAUGUCUCUUGCAGUAGUGGAGGCAUUGAUAGUGAGUACGUCUCUAUUAGUCGGCAGGAAUCUUUUCGGCCAUAUUUUCAGCAGUGACAAGGAAACCAUCGCCUAUGUUGCAAAGAUGGCUCCAUUGGUCUCCAUUUCUCUCAUUAUGGACGCUCUACAAGGGGUUCUCUCAGGUAUUGCAAGGGGAUGUGGAUGGCAACAUAUAGGGGCUUACGUGAACUUAGGAGCUUUCUAUCUCUGGGGGACACCCAUGGCUGCAUGCUUAGCCUUCUGGUUUGAUCUGAAAGGUGUUGGCCUUUGGAUCGGAAUCCAAUCUGGUGCGGUUCUGCAAACUACUCUUCUCGCUAUUGUCACGGGCUGCACAAACUGGGAAAACCAGGCUAAUGCAGCAAGGAAGCGAAUGGCUUUGGCCUAAGGUACGUAAGGCGCUGGAGAACAGCACUAACCGAGUCAGAACUUGGCAUCUACAGAUUAUAUAUAGGGACCAUAUGUUCCCCUUGGAUCGGUUUCAACAUUUUGUUAUAUUAGCAGUCAAAUUGUUGUAUGUUACUUUGUGAAUAGUGGUGGAGCCGCUAUGACGUCUUUUUGUAACAAAACUUGCAUAAUUUUCGACCGUAAUAAUAAGAAUAGUGGUGGAGCCGCUAUGACGUCUCUCUUUUUGUAAA